UGUGAGAUCUCCUCUUUCUCUGUGUGUUUGAGUGUGUAUUUAUGUGUGUUUGUGUGUGUGUGUGUGUGUGUGUGUGCGCGCGUGCUCCAGUGAGGUGCUUGUGUGAACUGAACCACUGACCUGUGGGAUGAAUUAUUAAGGACAAUGUCUCUGAAACUACCUCGCAACUGGGACUUCAGCACCUUCAAGGCAGAGACAGCUCGCAUAGCUCGAUCCAAAAGUGUGAUACCUGGAGAGGGAGGCCCUGGCCAGGGCUCGCCACGCUCCUCAAGGCUCAUGGACAAGCCCCUGAAGGCCGGCUGGCUGAAGAAGCAGCAGAGGUCUUUAGUCAAGAACUGGCAGCAGCGCUACUUUGUUCUGAGAGGAAGCACUUUGACUUACCACAAAGAUGAUAAGGAGACCACUGUCCAGGGAGUCAUCCAGCUGCGCUUCAGUAAAGUUAAUGAACUCCCCCCAAAUUCAGAUGACCCUGGAAAGUACCUCUUUGAGAUCAUACCACGUACAACUGGAGACAGAGAGCGAUGUCCACAUGUGCUCAUGGCAAACUCCCAGAGCGACAUGGAAGAGUGGGUCCGCUCUCUGCGCAGAGUCAUCGGAAUGCCAACAAGUGGAGUGUUUGGAAAGAGUCUCAUGGACAUUGUGACAUACGAGCAACGCUUUGGACCUCACAUGGUGCCAAUUCUGGUGCAGAAGUGUGUGGAGUUCAUCAAAGAACAUGGGCUGGAUGAGGAGGGUAUCUUCCGUCUCCCUGGUCAGGAUAACGCUGUCAAACAGUUCAGAGAUGCCUUUGAUGCAGGAGAGAGGCCCUCUUUCCCUAGUGACACAGAUGUCCACACGGUGGCGUCACUGCUCAAACUGUACCUGCGGGAGCUGCCUGAACCUGUGGUGCCCUGGAGUCAGUACCAAGACUUCCUGGACUGCACCAACCUGCUGGACUUCACCAGCACUGAGGGUUGGGAAAAGUUGGAGAAACAAAUUGCUCUUCUCCCCAGAAUAAACUACAACCUUCUCAGUUAUGUCUGUCGGUUCUUGUUUGAGGUGCAGCUACACUCCAAGGUAAAUAAGAUGAACGUGGAAAACUUGGCAACUGUGAUGGGCAUCAACCUGCUCAAACCUCAGAUAGAAGACCCUAUCACUGUGAUGAAAGCGACUCCUCAGAUCCAAAAGCUGAUGACUGUGAUGAUCAGACAGCAUGAGACUCUGUUUCCUCUCUCCAAAGACGUGCUUCCCUCCUCUCCUUCAAACAAGGCAGAGAGCCAGAAGAACGCUCCCCGAAGCUUUGUGGGCUGGGAAUCCUCAGAGAUGGGUGAUGCAAGUCUGUCCGAGUCUCCAGAAGAGGAGGACUUUGACAGUCCUGGCCCACUGAGGGGAGACCACAGUCCCAAAACCCCCCUGCAGGGGCCUUCAUCUCCUUCUGCAGAUGACUGGCUAGGAAGCCCCCGCAAGCGCACUCAGACCCUACCCUCCUUCAGCUGUCCACUCACCGGGAUGGCAGCCAAGACUGAGGCCCUCAGGUGGAGUCGCAUUCAGGAGAGCGUGGAUGAAAAGUGCGGGACGUUGUCAGAAGACAUUUUUAAAAUCCUGGACCUGCGGACUUCCGGAUCAUUUUUCGGGGGAUCUCAAAUGAGUAACAAGGAUGAAGAGGAUAGAUUAAAGACCCGAAGGGGGAGUGACAACCAAGUUUCUAUUACUGCUGCCCCCCAAAGCCCUAAAAGUAACUCCCAGUCUGCCCUGGUUCUCUCUCAUCAAAAGAGUGUAGACACCCUGCCAAUGACCAGCCCCACACAGCAGGUCAACAGCAUGCCACAACUGAAGAAAGACCCCGAGCAGCCGCUUCUAGACAGUUUGCAGAAGGAGAACAAGGAACUGAAGGCCACCAUUGCAGAACUCCAGUCUGCUCUGGAGGCAGAACGCCGCCGUGUGGCCGCUCUGGAGAUCUGCCUAAAAAAUGCAGAACGUAGCAGAGACGAGGCCCAGAGACGCAACCAGGAGCUGCAAAGAGACAUUGAACAGUUCACGAGAAAAAACUCUCCUGCUUAAAAGUCAUUUUGUGAUUCACUUAUAGUGGAUUUGUGAUCCAGUUACCAGAGUGGCUCCCCCAUUAACACAGGAAAUCUUUGCAUCAAUCACUGGAGUCACUGGAUUGUUUCUGUUUGGACUCUGUGUGGUCUUAUAGGUAAAUUAUUGAUUAAUAAAUUUGUAUUUGAGGCAUAAUAUCACACAAGAGAGAUUUUAAAUAUGUUUGACCUUCCCCUUUGCAGCAGUCACGUCACUGUGUAUGAACUUCCUUCAUCUGGUGUAACUGUUAUACAGAACAUAUUUACAUGAAUUACUUACAUGGACGUCUAGGGUCAGAAAUCAGCUUUGUUCCAGCCCUGUGAUCAGAGGAUGACUGGAUCAUCUAAUAUAAAUGCUGGACAAUGCAAAUAGUGUGUGUCAUACAGGGGUCAUCACGUUUUGUUUCAGUGGUAAAUUAAUAAA